CUGAUCAGAGACGUGGCUAAGGUAGGACUGAUCAGAGACGUGGCUAAGGUAGGACUGAUCAGAGACGUGGCUAAGGUAGGACUGAUCAGAGACAUGGCUAAGGUAGGACUGAUCAGAGACAUGGCUAAGGUAGGACUGAUCAGAGACGUGACUAAGGUAGGACUGAUCAGAGACGUGGCUAAGGUAGGACUGAUCAGAGACAUGGCUAAGGUAGGACUGAUCAGAGACAUGGCUAAGGUAGGACUGAUCAGAGACGUGGCUAAGGUAGGACUGAUCAGAGACAUGGCUAAGGUAGGACUGAUCAGAGACGUGGCUAAGGUAGGACUGAUCAGAGACAUGGCUAAGGUAGGACUGAUCAGAGAGACAGAGACGUGGCUAAGGUAGGACUGAUCAGAGACAUGGCUAAGGUAGGACUGAUCAGAGAAACAGAGACAUGGCUAAGGUAGGACUGAUCAGAGACAUGGCUAAGGUAGGACUGAUCAGAGACAUGGCUAAGGUAGGACUGAUCAGAGACAUGGCUAAGGUAGGACUGAACAGAGACAUGGCUAAGGUAGGACUGAUCAGAGACAUGGCUAAGGUAGGACUGAUCAGAGACAUGGCUAAGGUAGGACUGAUCAGAGACGUGGCUAAGGUAGGACUGAUCAGAGACGUGGCUAAGGUAGGACUGAUCAGAGAGACAGAGACAUGGCUAAGGUAGGACUGAUCAGAGAGACAGAGACGUGGCUAAGGUAGGACUGAUCAGAGAGACAGAGACGUGGCUAAGGUUGGACUGAUCAGAGACGUGGCUAAGGUUUGGGCCCUGGCCUCGGCCGCCACCAGUCUAGAACUGAGUCCUGACUCGGACCCUGAUGCAGACGCUCCCUGGGCCAGACACCCGUUUGGGCGCCACCUGCUGGAGACUCUUCUGGACCACUACAGUCUGAUGAGUGAUGUCCAGACUCUGGCCAUGCUGUGUAGUGUGUUCAGGACUCAGGGCUGCUCCCAGGACUGCUACUCUCUAUAUGGACAGCAACGCUCUUCUCUGUUCCCACCUCAUCUCUCACGAUACCCCAGUUACACAUCCAGCUCUGUGUCGUCAGGCUCCUGUUACAGCACCUCAGACUCCACCACCACCACCACCUGGAGCAUCGGUCGAGACCCGGAGCACGUCCCUCCCUUGGGGGAGUCCUCGCCUGACGACUAUCGCUAUGCCAACCAGAUGUACACAGACCCCCGCGAGCGAGAGAGAGAACAACACGACAUGAAUAAAAGGCUGCUGGACCCGGCCAACACCAUGCAGUUUGAUGACUUUAAGAAGUGUUACGGGGAGAUCCUCCAUCGCUGGGGUCUGAAGGAAAAGAGAGCGGAGGUCCUCAAAUUUACAUCCUGUCCUCCUGAACCUCACAAAGGCAUCGAGUUUGGUGUGUACUGCUGCCAUUGUCGUAGCCAGGCGCGGGGGACUCAGUGUGCUGUGUGUAAGCGCUUCACCUUCCAGUGUGCCAUCUGUCACGUGGCUGUACGAGGCUCCUCUAACUUCUGUCUGAGCUGUGGUCACGGGGGACACACCUCCCACAUGAUGGAGUGGUUCAGAACACAGGACCAAUGUCCUACAGGCUGUGGCUGUCAGUGUCUGCUACAGAGCACCUUCUGAGAGAGACACACACAGACUGAUGCAGACACACACAGACUGAUGCAGACACACACACAGACUGAUGCAGACACACACAGACUGAUACAGACACACACACAGACUGAUGCAGACACACACAGACUGAUACAGACACACACACAGACUAAUGCAGACACACACAGACUGAUACAGACACACACACAGACUGAUGCAGACACACACAGACUGAUGCAGACACACACACAGACUGAUGCAGACACACACAGACUAAUGCAGACACACACACACACACACACACACACACACACACACACGCACACACACACACACACACACACACACACACACACACACACACACACACACACACACACACACACACACACACACACACACACACACACACACACACACACACACACACACACACACACACACACACACACACACACACAGCAGUCCAUCCAUUUGAUCCUGAACCGGUGGAGCCUGGAGAGGUUGUAUGAUGAGAUGUUGCAGUAGAGUUUGUUAUGAAGGCCUUAAUGCCGAGAUGUUCCCCCACACAAUAAACAUCUGAUUGAAUACUUGAA